AUGGCAACUACGUUUAGAACCCUCUUAGCCAUCGACCCAAAGAAAAGCUUCAGAGCCUAUGCACAGACCUGUGUUUCCCUCUUGAAAAAAUUCUCCAAUCAAGGCUUGAUCACUCAAGGGAACGUCCUUCAUGCUCAUCUCAUCAAAACGGGUUUUUCAUCACAAAGAUAUAUAGCCAUCAAAUUGCUGAUACUGUACUUGAAUUGCAGAAAAUUUGCUGAAAUUGAUCAGAUUGUGAAGGAGUUUGAUGGGUCUGAUCUUGUUGUGAGUAAUUGCAUGAUCAGUGCUUACGUUCAAUGGGGAAAUCUCGUUCAAGCUCGUCUGUUGUUUGAUGAAAUGCCUGAGAGAAAUGAGGUAUCGUGGUCUGCGCUAAUUUCGGGUCUCAUGAAGUAUGGAAGAGUGGAAGAAUCAAUGUGGUACUUUGAGAGGAACCCAUUUCAGAAUGUAGUUUCAUGGACUGCUGCAAUAAGUGGGUUUGUGCGAAAUGGGUUGAAUUUUGAAGCUUUGAAACUUUUCUUCAGACUCCUUGAAUCUGGAGUCAGGCCAAAUGAUGUUACCUUUACUUCUGUUGUUCGAGCUUGUGGAGAGUUGGGUGACUUUGGAUUGGGAAUGAGUAUUUUAGGGUUAGUUGUUAAAGCUGGUUUUGAGCACUAUUUAUCUGUUUCUAAUUCUUUGAUUACAUUAAGCUUGAGGAUGGGUGAAAUUGAUUUGGCUAGGAGAGUUUUUGAUCGAAUGGAGAAGAGAGAUGUUGUUUCUUGGACUGCAAUCUUGGAUGCGUAUGUUGAGACAGGAGACUUGAGAGAAGCACGUAGGAUCUUUGAUGAGAUGCCUGAAAGAAAUGAAAUUUCUUGGAGUGCAAUGAUUGCUAGGUAUAGUCAGAGUGGUUAUGCUGAAGAAGCGUUGAAACUCUUUUCGAAAAUGGUUCAGGAAGGGUUUAAACCAAAUAUCUCUUGUUUUGCUUGUACUCUCAGUGCAUUGGCUAGCCUCAGGGCUUUAUCAGCAGGUAUAAACAUCCAUGGACAUGUUACAAAAAUUGGGAUUGAUAAAGAUGUCUUCAUCGGCAGCUCACUUAUUGACUUGUACUGUAAAUGUGGCAAACCUGAUGAUGGACGCUUAGUGUUUGACUUGAUUUUGGAGAAGAAUGUGGUUUGUUGGAAUUCUAUGGUAGGUGGGUAUAGUAUCAAUGGUCGAUUAGAAGAAACUGAGGAAUUGUUUGAGCUGAUACCAGAGAAAAAUGAUGUUUCUUGGGGCACUAUAAUUGCUGGUUAUUUAGAAAAUGAACAAUGUGAAAAGGUGUUAGAAGUUUUCAAUACUCUACUUGUAUCAGGGCAGACCCCAAAUAAAUCCACCUUCUCAAGUGUUCUUUGUGCUUGUGCAAGUAUAGCUUCGUUGGACAAAGGGAUGAAUGUCCAUGGUAAAAUCAUAAAACUUGGAAUUCAAUAUGACAUCUUUGUAGGCACUGCACUUACUGAUAUGUAUGCAAAAUGCGGGGAUAUUGGGAGUUCUAAACAGGUCUUCGAGAGAAUGCCUGAGAAGAAUGAGAUCUCAUGGACUGUGAUGAUUCAAGGACUUGCAGAAAGCGGCUUUGCAGUGGAAUCUCUGAUUCUGUUUGAAGAAAUGGAAAGAACUUCAGAGGUUGCUCCUAAUGAGCUCAUGCUUCUGUCAGUUCUUUUUGCCUGUUCUCAUUGUGGGUUAGUUGAUAAAGGACUCUGGUACUUCAAUUCGAUGGAGAAGGUUUAUGGUAUAAAGCCUAAGGGUAAGCACUACACUUGUGUGGUGGAUUUACUGUCUCGAUCAGGACGCCUCUAUGAGGCAGAAGAAUUUAUUAGAACCAUACCAUUUCAACCUGAGGCUAAUGCAUGGGCAGCUCUAUUGAGCGGUUGUAAGAAGUACAAAGAUGAAAAGAUAGCAGAAAGAACAGCUAAGAAACUGUGGCAGCUGGCAGAGAAUAAUUCUGCAGGAUAUGUUUUGUUGUCAAAUAUUUAUGCUUCAGCUGGGAGAUGGAUUGAUGUCUCAAAUAUUAGGAAAUUAAUGAGGGAGAAGGGAUUGAAGAAGAGUGGUGGGUGCAGUUGGGUCGAGGUGAGGAACCAAGUACAUUCAUUUUAUUCCGAAGAUGGAAGCCAUUCCCAAUCAAAUGAGAUUUAUGGAACUUUACAGCUACUAAGAUCAGAAAUGCUGGUUCUUUGA